AGAGAAGAAUUAAAGAAUACUUUUUUUUAUCUACCUAAAAAAAAAGUAAAUGAAAAAAAAAUUACUAGUGUGUGUCUUUGAUGCCUCACGUUCUUUAUGCUUUUUGCAGGGUACCUUUUUCUUCAGAGGGUUUAUAGUGCAAGCUCUUAGCUUAGCUUCAAACUUUGUAACUGCAACGACAACAUCAAAAUUCACAUGAACAUGUCUGAGACUGAGACAGAGAAGAAUCAUCCUGGUAUUAAGCUGUUUGGAUGGAAGAUUCCGUUGCCGGAAUGUCGAAUUCCGGUUAACUCUCCACCAAUGGAUACUUGCAACAGUACAAAGAAAGCAUUAGUGGAAAUGCUUUCUGCGGAAAAAACCGAGCAACUAUCCAAUUCUUCGGAUUCAAUGGAUAGUAAACAAGAGUCCGGAAAUAAUAUGCAGGAAAAAGAGCCGAUUGUAAACUCCAAGCCCGUCGAAGAUGACACGGAGACGGGUGAUGCGGAUCAAGAUAAAAUGUUGAAGAAACCAGACAAGAUUGUUCAGUGUCCGAGGUGCAAAAGUUGGGACACCAAGUUUUGUUAUUUCAACAACUAUAAUGUGAACCAACCUCGGCAUUUCUGUAAGAAUUGCCAAAGGUAUUGGACUGCUGGCGGAACGAUGAGAAAUGUUCCUAUAGGUGCUGGGAGGCGGAAGAAUAAGCAUCUUGCCUCUCAGUACAGACAGAUUAUAGUAAACUCGGAUGGAAUUCCGGUCUCCAGGCAAGAAACUACGAGUUUAUCCGGUCAUCACCGUGCAUCAACGGAUAACGAAACUGUGUUGAAAUUCGGUCCUGAUAAUCCUCUCUGCGAAUCAAUGCAUUCGAUGCUUAAUGUUCGAGACCAUAAAAGAAGUACUGAUGCAGAUUCUAUUAGCAAUGUGAUUGUGCAACGAAGAGAGGAACCGAUCUCAUGUGGAUCUUCGGUUACAAACAUCGAUACUCGAGGGAAUGAGUUAUCCAAUCACAAUGCAUCGAAUUGGUUGCAGUGCUAUCCUGUUCCUCCGUGGGUAUUACCGAUGAAUCCAGGUUGGAAUAACGUCGCUUCCAUGGCAGCAGUUCAUCCAACAUCGGCAUCCAUGUGCAACCCUUACAACGCUGCUGCUCCAACUGCAAUGCAAUGGUAUCCGCCGCCGCCUUUGUUUGCAAUUCCGGGAAUUAGGCCACAAAACAUACCUUUGCAACUUGUAUCAGCCUCACACUUGAAUGGUCCAUCACUCUGCCUCUCGCCGCCUUCCUCCACAAGUAACAGCUGCUCGGGUAAUGGCUCGCCAACCCUAGGCAAACACACUAGAGACACGGUUUUCGCAGAUGAAGACAAAUCAGACAAGUGUAUUCCGGUUAGAAAAACGAUUAGAAUCGAUGUCGCAAAUGAGGUCCCGAGAAGUCCUACUCGGGUUAACGGAGAAGGCAAAAACAGUUUCUUGGAAGGCAACUCAACUCAGCAGCUACUCUCUCCGGAAUGAAUUAUAAGUAAAAAGUGUUCAAGAAAUCAAAUAUAGUAGUGAGAAAGCAUAGAAUAAUCAUUUUCUAGUUUCAAAAUUUCCAUUGAUAUUUUCAUCUAAAUAAACUAGUACAUAUUUCUGGUCUU